AUGGAUUCGAACGUAAAUUCACAACAAAGUGAGGAAGACGAAGAAUAUAUUGUUGAAAAAAUACUGGAUAAAAGAAUUGGCGCCUGCGGCGUGGAGUACUUUCUUAGCUGGAAAGGGUAUCCAGCCUCGGAAAAUUCGUGGGAACCAGAAGAAAAUCUCGAUUGUCCUGAUUUGAUUCAGCAAUAUGAACAGGAAGAAAGAAUGAAAAGAGGAUUUAAAAGGAAAAUUCCAGUAAACGACGAAUGUACCAGCGGUUUUGAACGUGGAUUAGAACCAGAGCGUAUUAUCGGCGCAUACGCAAAAGACAACGAAAUACUAAUGAUGGUAAAAUGGAAAGGGCAUGAAGAAGCAGACAUUGUUCCUUCAAGGAUUGCAAAAGAGAAAUGUCCUCAUUUGGUCGUCGAAUUCUUUGAAAGAAUUAGUUACUGUACUAAUACCCGUUAG